UCAUCUUCACCAACUGUCUUCUCUCUCUCUCUCUCAUUUAUUUAUUAUGCCCAUAGAGAAGAAAAAGUUAUACAAAGUGAACACAACAACACAAGAAAACAGAACAAGAGUUAAAGAGAAAUUGAAGUAGAACUGAAUUCCUUACUCUCACUGCCAUGGCUGGUCUUCAAAGAUCUGCGGUCUCUUUCAGAAGGCAGGGUUCUUCUGGCUUUGUUUGGGACGAUAGAUUCUUAUCAGAGGAAUUCAACCAAAACCAAACCAGCAACAUCCACGCCGAUCAGAUUAAAGACCUUCAACUUCAACCGGAACCGCCCCUCCAGAGAACCCGCUCCAACGGCGGAACUCGUGCCUACCGCACCGGAAAAGUCUCCCCGGCGAUCGAACCCCCGUCUCCCAGACUCUCCGCAUGCGGCUUCUGCGCCGCGUUCGGAAAAGCACCACCACGGGACCACAACAAGCCACAGCGGAACAAACCCGCCAAGCAUCGACCGAGGUAGACGACGGAGAGAGAAUAUUCCGGCCAGGUUUCUACUAUGAUGUAAUGUUUUACUUUUAGGUUUGUAGAGUAGGGCCGGUUGAGUUGAAUUGAUCUUAAAUUAAGAACAUAAUGAUGACUCAUCACUUUUCUGUUACUUUUCCUCUCUUAAUUUCAAUCUAUAAUUCUCUUUAAAUUUA